CAAAGCUAAAAGCUAAAGUUUGGGUUCGAAGAAAGGAAAUGUGAGAAAUGUUAAAGAAGAAAAACGAGGAAAGUGAUCUAUGAUGCUCUUCAAACGGAUUUUCCUAAUAUGAGUUUUGUUUUUUUUUUAAUUUUUUUUCAACUGCCAGAAGAAGUUCAUUGCAGUCAAGUGGUUAAGUGAUCUAUGAUAAUUUAUGUUGACAUUUUGGAUGAUUUUCAAAUAUUUACGCUUGAGCUUUACGAUCUACAACUUUAUUUGGUUAAUCUUUAACUUUUUUUUUGGGUUUUGAGUUUUAUGAGCGUAAACAAAAUUUAUUAUGACACUUUUUUUUUUUAUUACUGUACUUGGGAAAUGAAAUAUUUUAGUGUCCAAGUGGACUUUUAGUAAGUUGAAUUAAUAGUGGGGAAAAGUGUUGUUAGCUGUAGUAGCUUUUAGUUUUAGGGAUACUUUUUGACUUUCUUUGCCAUUUAGGCUAUACUUUUUGUGAAAUGUUACCAAGCCCAUCGAUAUGAAAGUUCUUCAUUUCAUUUCCCAGAAAAUUAACCAAAAAACCCAAAAAGCUGACCAAAACUUUCAUGGCGAGAAUGUAGCUCAAAAGUAUCCGAAAAGUGUACUGUUUUUUGUACUUAUUUUUUUUUUGUAUUUUUUUGCGGAACUUUCAUAACCGACGCGCAUCGAUCGUUCGAUCCCAGCCAGCUAUCCAGCCAGCCAGCCACCAAUCCAUCCAUCCAUCCGUCCAUCGAAUGCGGUCCGCACCUGAAAUUCCAUUCGAUUUCCAGGCUGAAGAUAUGGCCCCAGGCCAAGAUACUCGGAUACUUGGGAUGCUGCGGUACUCCGAGAUACUCAGAUGCUCGAGAUACAUACAUGCGUGUGUGAGUGUGUACUGGCUUAGAUUGCCGAAUUGUGAGGAGGAGGUGAGUAUCGUAUCGGUUGGAAUCGUAUGGGGUUUCGUAUGGAAUUGAGUGAAUGAGGGGGGCGGUGCACCACUGGACUGGUUCGACUGAGAAGAAUCUUUUUCAACAGCGGCUAAUUGACUUUCAAUGUUGUUUUAUUUUUCUUUCGUUUCGUUUAAUUUUAUUUGAGCGUUGUCGAGGCGAGAAAGUGAAAUUGAUAGGCAGACAAGUGGCUCUCCCAGCGAUUCCGAGAUGUCUAUAGCAGGUGAAGGGGUAGGCGGAAUGCGGGAAAAAGGGGAUUUCAUCCGUAUGGGAUUCUAAGGAGGCACUUUCUAAGUCCCCAAAAGCAUGAGUUGCAAGUAGCUAAUACACUGGAGGAAAUUGUAAACAAAAGUUUAUUUACAGCUUUACCUGUAACCCAAUUCUUCUCCCUUGGGUGGCGGCAUCUUCGCUUAAUAUUUCCACACCCACAGCGGACAAAAAGUGUCUUCUCAUGGCCUAAUGGCAGCUAUUGCUACUGUUUGCUAUUGCCGCUAUGGCGGCACAUGUUGCCGCUUUUGCCGUCGUUGCAGUUGCAGUUGUUGCUGCUGCCGUGGCACUUGUUUUUUUUUUGUUGUUGUUCGUUGGCGGCGUUUUCACUUUGGUCGAGAUCUGCCAUUGCCACCUUGUAACCCCUCUGGGCGCUGGCCAAACAGCCGAAAGGUUAUACUGGCAGCAGAGGCACAACAGCAAUCAGUAGAUGCAGCAGCAAGAGCGGCAACAGCAGCAGCAGCAACAGCAACAGCCGCUGCAACACAAAAACAAGCGCGACAGAUGACAAACGCUGGCAGUUUUGCCGGCGAUGAUGAAGUGUCAAUGCAAUGAAAACUAAACCAAUAAAUUGUGAGAGCGACCCAAAUAGUUGGCUAGAAACCGGCGUGGCAAAGAGGAUUUUGGCCCGCAACGUAAACGCUGUUGCAUUAGCUCCAGUUGCAACAUAGAACCGUAGAAUCCCGCUGGACGCCCGAUGUACUUCGACCUUUUUGGAUGAAUGGAUGGAUCGUCGUCAUGUUUUCACCCAGACCUUUUGCAAAGACAGCAUAGCGCACCACAUUUGGUCAGCGAACAGAAAAGCACCCCUCCCCAACCCCCGCUCCUUCUGCCACUUCGACGGCGGUGGAUGGUGAAAGUAACAAGAUACUUUUAAUAAGACAUCUCGCGACGCCGCUUAAGAUGCGUGAGGCGUGCGACCAGAAGAUACAACAUGCUGCCCUUCUCUCCAUAUGAUAUAUAGUAAUAUAAGAUGUAGAAGGAGGGGGAGCGGCUAACUGAAUCCAAAUCUCAUGCAAAAAUCAUGGCCAGUAAUUGACCAAGUUAGCAGACGGUCACAGGCUGCCGGCGGUAGACUGAAUGGCGCGUGUUACUUAAUGUGCAACGACGCCACAGCGAUAGACGAGCCGAGCGCUAUGUUAGACGACAACGGUGCUGGCCACUUUCCUGGCCUGGCGGAACCGGAGCAGGAGCAGGCACCCCCCAAUCCUCACAGCUUACACAGCUUUACUGCCAUACUACUGCAACUGCAACUGCAACCAAUCGAAAUUACUCCAAUUUCGAAACGGGUCUUUUUGGUCAUAUUUAGCAAACAGGAAUCCGCGAGGCGAUCAGAGCGGCGCCCCUAAAAACUCAAAACUGCAAAGUGGAAUUGAAAUGGCGAUGAAAUGCUCAGCUCGACGGGAUCGGCACAGUGGGUCGGCCAUUUGGUCAAUGGAUCAUAAAAAAAUGAUUUCCUACUACUGUGCCUUUGCCUUAUCAAUUGCCUUCGUUGUCGCUGGUGUUGCAGUUGCUCAUCCUAUUAUUUCAACGAGAGCAACUUGUUGUUGCCUCAGUUGUGUUGCUGUUACAGUUUUUUAUUUGUUGUUGUUGCCCCAACAAUGCCAAAUGCGGCAGUUGGCAAAAAUAUUUUAUGGAAAAGUGGAACACUCGAUGAAACAUUACAAGGCGACUGUAUAAACAAAAUGUAUCCAUCAUGUUGCACCAUCUGCUACGCCUAUACCCCAUCCAUUUACCACCCACUUGGAAACGCAACGUGCGGCAAUCAAAAGGGCGCCCACACACCCAUUUCUUGGCAUGAUUGCUUGCUGCCACAAUUGGAGCAUGGGCAGUGGACAAUAAUUGUGGCACAAGGCAAAAAACGUGGCAGGUGGUAAGGGGAGGGGGAGUCUUUGGUCAGUGGCAGUGGCUGAGAAGGCGGUGGGAGGGGGAAUAGAAAGUGCAAACAGUUAGAGGACUUGUCCCCAUGCAAUUGUCACCGUCGUCGUCGUCGUCUGCUGCUUCUGUAACCCAUUGCAACUGAAAGUUGAAGCUGCCGCUGCUGCUGCUGCUGCCCAGUAUAAACAAACAGAACACUGGGGAAACCAACUAGCAACCGACGACGCAUGCCACGAGCAGCAGCAGCAGCGGCAGCAAUAUCAGCUACGGUAACAUCCACAACAACAAGAGGAGUAUUUGUGGCAGCAACAACUAUAGGUAACAACAUUAGGUCUAGGAACAGCAACAAUAUGAGAAAUACCUGCAACAACAAUAGGCAUGGCUAAAGGAGCAACAACAACAACAACAGCAGCAGCGGCAGCAAUAUCAUGCACAGCAGCAACAUUGGGCCCAAAAAAGCAACACUGGCAACAGCAACAUGCAGCAUGAGGCAUGCAACAGCAACAGCAACAUCAACCGGCAAGCUGUACUUGAACAAGUCGUACUUGGCAUCGUAUUUUGGAUUUGGACUUGGCCGACUGCCUUAGUGGAGGCCUCAAUGGAAAGAAGAAAUUUCGCUGCCGGCGCCGACGGCGGCGUCGACGGCGCAAUGUUGCUGCUGCUGCGCAUGCGAAGUGUUCCGCUGCGAGAAAGCAGGUGUCUGCAGCAUUCGGCGCUAAACCACGGCGCGAAGCAGACGCGUUUCUCUCUCUUUUUCUCCUCCUCCAGGCGGGCCACCACCAUCGAUCGAUCGAUCCUCGGCAUCGAAUAACUAAAACAAAAACAUAAAAAAAAAAACGAAAAUUUUACAAACAACCAAACAAAAAAAAAAACACUGCGAAUCCGAGCAAAACAAAUAGCUAAUAGCAAAACCCAGCACUAGUUGCAAAUCGAACAAAAAAAAAAAGGAAAAAAAAUAAGAAAAGAAAUAGAAGACGAAACGUAAAACGUAAACGAAACGGAAAGAACCGCUUGGAAAACGGUUAGCGAAGUGAUCAACACGCUUUUUGUGUCCUUUUCUUUUUUUUUUUUGUUUUUUGAUAUUUUCUUUUGUGUGUGCUCCACUUGCAAUCGUUAAUUGUUGACCGCGUGCAACGCCCCCCCUUUCGACCAACCCCGCUGCUGUCAUUACCGUCAAACCAUCAGCAACAUCAGCGGACAGACAACGUCGGUGCAUUGGCAACAUCAGCAACUAGCAACAUCGGCGGGCAGAAGUAACGGCCACCGUUCGAGUGCAACUGUUUUCGAAAGUUGCCGCUAACGUAUCCUGUUUGUCAGCCUUCGGUAUUUGGAAUUGGAAUCGGAACUUUAACUGGAACAGCUAGUAAAAAAAAAUUGUGGAAUCGGGCCAAGGACCUAAUAGAAACAUCAUCAUCAUCAUCGUCGUCGUCAUAAGCAGUAGCAACGAGCACAGUAACGGCAGCAACAUGCAACAUCAACAUCAACAGCAACAGCAACAAAAGCACAAACAAGUGCGCUGCAGAAAUCUACGAAGAAACGUAGAAAUCGGUGCUAAGAAGAUUUGGCUGCCGCUUAUCAUUUUCCUUUCACUGCAGGUCGUCUUGGUCUGCGCCGAUGAUGUGGAGGUGGUGAAGGCCAUUGCCGGUGGACCAGACGAUGAUCUGACUAUCGCUCUUGGUGAUCAUGAGAACGAGCUGGACCAGAUGGCCCAGGAAUCGGAACAGGAACAGCAAGCCCAACAGGCGCAACAGCAGCAGCAGCAGCAACAACAACAGCAGCAGCAGCAACAGCAGCAACUGCCACAGAUCCAAAUGCAGUUGCCACAGUCGGUGCCUAAGGUGCAGGUGCACUAUCAACACAACAUGCCACAGCCGCCGCCAAGUGUGUCCGUGGGUCUCACAAUGCGCAACAACCAUCAGAACAUUCCCUUAAGCUUUGGCCAGCCCUUUGGACCUCCACCGCCGCCUGGUGCUCAGUUCUACAAGGGACCACCGCCGCCGCAAUUGCAGCAGCGUCCCCAGCCGCCACCGCAGUUGCAGUUGCAAGUCCAGCCUCAGCAGCAGCAACAGCAGCAGCAGGGUCAACAGCAACAGGUGCAGGUUCCCGAUCUAAGUGUUGGUGGAUCUAGUAACAAUGAGAUCUGGGCUGCUCCCGUUCAGGAUAUGCCCAAGAUAGUGUCCUUGGAUGUAAAGUGCGAGAAAAAUGGCAUGAAGGUGUUCGUCCAGUUCGAUAAGCCCUUUAAUGGCAUCGUCUUUUCCAAGGGUCACUACAGCAAUAUGAACUGUGUCCAUUUGCCAUCGGGAUUGGGUCGCAGCUCGGCCAGCUUCGAUAUUGGACUUCAUGAAUGUGGCACAGCUGGCAAUACGGAUAACUAUGGUCAGGGUUAUGGUCAUGAGGCGGGCAGUACGGGUGCAGGAACCUAUUUCGAGAACAUCAUUGUCAUCCAGUACGAUCCACAGGUGCAGGAGGUUUGGGAUCAGGCAAGGAAAUUGCGUUGCACGUGGCAUGAUCAGUACGAGAAGAGCGUCACGUUCCGGCCAUUCCCGGUGGAUAUGUUGGAUGUGGUGAGGGCUGAUUUUGCUGGCGAUAAUGUUGGCUGCUGGAUGCAAAUCCAGGUUGGCAAGGGUCCGUGGGCAUCAGAGGUCUCGGGACUGGUUAAGAUUGGCCAAACGAUGACCAUGGUGUUGGCCAUUAAGGAUGAUGACUCUAAGUUCGAUAUGCUGGUGAGGAACUGUGUGGCACAUGACGGCAAGCGGGCACCCAUUCAACUGGUUGACCAGAGAGGAUGUGUAACUCGUCCCAAGUUGAUGUCACGCUUCACGAAGAUCAAGAACUUUGGAGCAUCCGCCUCUGUACUGUCCUAUGCCCAUUUCCAGGCCUUUAAGUUCCCCGAUUCCAUGGAGGUACAUUUCCAGUGCACCAUCCAGAUCUGUCGCUACCACUGCCCCGAGCAAUGUUCAGCGGAGACGAAUCUGCAGGAUGUUCAUCAUUUGCAGGUGGGUCCGGAAUCACAAUAUGGUCCACCACCGCAACUUCAUGUGGAUGCCUAUCAUGUGGCCAGUGCGAUUGGCAAGAGACGAGAUGAGCGACGAGUACAAAGACGUGCUCGUGCUGUGGCCGAACCGCAGGUGGGUCUGAACAGGAUCAUCAAGGUCGUCUCCUCGGGUGAUCUGACCUUUGCCAUCGAUGACCAGGCGGGCGGUAAUGGUAGCUCUCUAAAUGGCUCAAACGCUGGCGUGGAUCGUAGUCCACAGACCAUGGUAUUUCCAUUACGCGAAGAGGGUCUCAUUUGCAUGACCACGCCGGGCUUUGCCAUUACGCUUAUCGUGCUCUUGGGCAUCCUGGUCACAUCCUGCCUAACCUCCGCCAUACUCUACGUCCGACUGCGUCCGUUCUCAUCGUUCGCCGCCAGCGCCAAGGAGCGUGCUGUCGCCUUCACGAAUCCUCAGCUGGCACCGCUGCCCGUCAUUCAGCUCCCAUCGCCAGCGGAUCUGCAGGGAACGCUCUCCAAGAAGCGGGCGAUGUCGUGAGCAUGCCCCCGACUGUGCGACUGGAACUAGUUCCGGGUAUAUGGUGGCCGAUAUCCGAUGGUCUGGUGGUCACUGGCACUACUGAUGGGUUCUAUCAGAUCAGGUCUUUUAGGGUUUUGUUUAGGUUAAAGGAAAUAUUACCAAAAGUUUGUCCAGAAAUUGUUAGUAAUUGUUCAAAUUUAAAAAUUUAUAAAUGAAAAAAAACAUCCAUGCUUUUUACAGCUUUCUAGGCAAUCGCUUACUUUAUCCCUUAUCAUAACCAAGAAAAGACAUUGAUUUUGAAAAGUAACCACCAUUAGUGCCUUCACUAGCUGUCGCAUAUUGUCAGAGCUUCCGUUUCCGGUUCUGGGUACAGUUGUGUCUGCGUCUGCGGCUCUUAAAUUUGUAGCGUACACUUCUUUAGUAUAAUUUUUGAUACAAAUUUAUUUAACAUUAACUCAAGCCGUUUACUGGGUUCUCCUACUACACCUCCUCCUUAUCCCUUGUUUCCUUUUUCAUUUCCAAAAAAAAAAAAAAAAAAAAAACUCUACCUCUAAAACCAAUCUUGACGACACCACUACCUGUCCUUUUUCUGCACAUUUUCCACUUCCUUUUCCCCCACCCCCCCCUCUUGGUGGCAGUCGAUAAUCGAUUAUUUUUGUUUUAGUUUAAGCCUAGGUACUAUUUCAUGUAAAACGGUGCUAAGCCAUGAUCAGCCCAUCAUAUCCAUUUGACCAUCACUUGUAGCUUUCUUCAGCAUUUGAGCCGAUAAAAUCCAUUACUUAGAGUAUUUCUCGUAAGACUCUCUUAAGACUUUGUAGACACGCAUACACAUAUUUUUCACACACACACACAAAUACACUCAUAUAAACACACAUAUGCAUAAAAAAUAUACACUUGAAUUAGUCACUAAAUAUUUUAAGCGCUUUAAGCCGUAGACUAAGCCGAAUACUUCUGCGUCCCACUGUCAGCCCUUUUUACCUUUAAUCUCCAACCUCCCCUCCCUUGGAUCUACUUAAUAUCAGUUAGUACGCCUUGUAGUCCACUUAUUUAUUUGCAUAAUGAUUUAUAAAUAUCGCAUACAUACCCAACAUAUAUACCGCCUUAUAUAUAUCUUCGAUUUUUUUUGUCUACUUUUGUAAGUCGAGCAAAGCGAGUGAGAAGAGAAAGUGUUCAAUAAAUUGUUUAGAAUCCCU